AUGUGUUCUAAGUGGCUUGAAUGUUAUGCGCCACCAAAUAUUAAGCAACUUGAGAUAAUUUUUCCUGUUGUCGGGCAUAGUUUUAUUCCACCUGACAGGGUAUUUGGAAACAUAGAGAAAGCUAUCAGAAAACAAGAGAUCAUUUCUACCCCUCAGCGGUAUAUUGAACACAUAGAACAGUAUGCUACUGUAAUAAACAUGGGUGUGGAUGUCCCUGUUUUAGAUUGGAAGAAGGAAUCCCAAAACGUGUUAAAGCCACCUGGAGCCUAG